UGGAACUCAGGGCCAGUUCGCUUGCACCGGCGGCCGCGUGCGGUCAAAUCCACAGCGCGUCGACUAUCUUGGCUAUUUUCGUCCAAGCCGCUCGACUACAUUGAUAAGCCGGCAAACUACCCUUGGCUACCGACCGCGGCGCACGUUCGUUCAUUCGGCGACGUUGACUUUUAAAACAGUGUUUUCGAACUCGUUCGUUUUCGAAUUACACUUGCAAAUUGACGAGUGACGGAUGAGUGAGGUUUCGUUGUUGAAGAUAUUGUGGGAACGUGGCGCCAUGGAGAGCUGCUACAAGUUGUACACCUGGAUCAACCACACACUGCUCAUGCUGCUUCUCCAGAUCUUCUGGAAGAUGAGCCAGAUCUCUGACUACUUCAAGGGAAAGUCUGUUGAAGAGGCAAAACCAGUGAAGACGUUCGUGUUCACGCCGCUUUCGAAGGAAUCUAAGAUGCGGCGGCACAUCAGGUCCAUGUCAGACGUACAGAACAGUACCCCUUACAGGAUACCCUUCAGGUCAAGGAAGGGCAGCACGCAUACCUUAAUGUAUGACUCCGACACCCGCGCUCGAAGGAUCAGGUCUUACAACAUGAGAUGCGAUUCCUCAGACUCCAGCGACUUCACGGAGUCCCCGCGCAAACUCAGAACUCUCCAACAAAACAUAAUCAAGCACACAGAUUCUAUGCGAAUCCUCUAAUCAAUGAUCUGACUUAACAAUAUGAGGCUGUACAAUCUAGUUGUCCACUAGAUCGGGAUCACGUCGGGUUUCUAUGUUAAGAAAAAUAGACGAAGGUCAAUGACAUUAGAAGGCUUGAAGACAAUUUUGUUAUAUCAAAGGCAAAUCUUUGACUUGUGAUCUCCAAUUAGUCAGUCGAUGUUCCCAGCGUGAUUGGACUAUAAUUUAUAGACGUUAUAGUGAUUUCCAUAAGACUGUGAUCGAGGUAGAAUAACAAGUAAUUGUAAGGGUAGCUGUAACAGAACAUUUGUAUUGUAUAUUGAUUAGCCUGUAAGAUACAAAGAUGAACUAUUAGUGUGAGGUAAAUGAUUUUGUCAUGAGCCAUAUAAGUUAAGUCUAAGUCACUGUUAAAACGCAGCAAUAUUUGUUAUUAAGUGCCGAUUUGUUUUGUAAAUUUCUUUGAAAUUGUUUCCUGGCGUGUGUGUAAAUGCCAGCUUGUAAUUUACGAUAUUUUUUGAAACUUUAAUAGAUUCUGAACAUAUCACUUUUGUAAUUUUGAUAGACGAACACAAUUUGUACAACACUCCCGUGUGUCUACUUGCUUGUAGAUUCUAUGCAUUGUGUGCUCCAUGUGUUUAUCAGAUUCAUACCUCAAUCGAUUAAAGUAAGAAAAAUCAUAA